AUGUUUCCUCUGUAUGUCUUGUUCCUGCUCUUGCAGCUGCCACUAUCUGUGGGUCAGGAAGAAGGAACCAACUGCUACCUCCAAAGGACUUUCAGUCCCACAUAUUACAGACACGGGGAUGUUGUUCUCGGAGGAUUUUUUCCUCUUUUUAUAUACAAAUUGUCCAAAAUUCCGUAUUGGAAAAAGUUUUUCCUGAACCCUCGGUACAUAUUAAAACAGUAUUGGUGGCUGCCUAAACACUACUAUCAGGUCCUGGCCUUAAUGUUUGCUGUAGAAGAGAUCAACAGGAACCCCAAUAUGUUACCUAAUAUGACCCUGGGAUUCCACAUCUUCAAUGCUUAUCACAAUGAUGAGAGGACCUUGGAGAGCUCCCUGAUGUGGCUGUCAGGCCAGGGACAAACCAUACCAAACUAUAACUGUGACAGUAAAGGCAAGUCUGUGGUGGUCAUUGGAGGAGCCACUUCUGAAAUGACUGUCUCCAUGGAAACCCUACUUGAGCUGUAUAAGUUCCCACAGGUCACCUAUGGUCUCUUUGAUCCACUCUUGAGUGACCCAAUCCAGUUUCCUUCUGUCUAUCAGAUGGCGUCCAUGGACACCUCUCUUCCCCUUGCCAUGGUCAGAUUAAUGGUGCAUUUCAAGUGGACCUGGGUGGGAUUGGUUGCCUCAGAUGAUUCAAGAAGCGAGAAAUUCCUCAGGAACCUUCAAGAAGAAAUGGUCAGAAAUUAUGUCUGUGUGGCCUUUAGGGUGAAAAUCAGAACUGAUGAGGAAUGGGGUAUUCCCUCACAUUACAAUUUUUUGCAUAGCAUAUAUCAUUCUACAGCCAAGGUAAUUGUCAUUUAUGGAGAUACAGAUUCACUCCUGAGCCAGAUAUUUAAUAAUAAGGCUCAUGCAUUUAUAUACAAAAUGUGGAUCACCAGCAGUCACUGGAAUAUUGCUAAAAGGCCUGGUUACAUCUAUUUUGACAAUUUCCAUGGGGCUCUGAUAUUUUCAGAACAGACAAGUAAGAUUCCUGGGUUCAAACCUUUUCUGAAAACAAUUGACCCGGAUAAAUAUCCAGAAGAUAUUUUCCUUAAAAACUUCUGGAAAUCAGCUUUUAAAUGUAUGUCUCAAUAUGGAGAGGGAGAUGGUGGGAUAUGUUCACAAAACACUUCUUUGGACACCUUACCUUUGAGUUAUGUACACUUGGCUAUGUCUGGCCAGAGUUACACUGUCUACAGUGCUGUUCACGCUGUGGCCCAGGCCCUUCAUGAAAUGUUCCUGGAGAGAUCAGAAAUGGAAUCCAGUGUAGAUAGAGACAACUGGGUAACUUACCCCUGGAAGCUCCACUCCUUCCUGAAGAACAUCCGGUUUAACAACACUGCUGGGAAACAGGUGAUCUUGGAUAAGAAGAGGCACUCUGUGGCAAACUAUGAUGUUCUCAAUUAUGUGACUUUUAGUAAUGACACUGAAGUUCUGGUGAAAGUGGGAGAAUUUCUUUCUCAGGCCCCGCGUGGCCAAGAUUUCACUAUCCAGGAGAAGGCAAUAGUGUGGCCCAAGUUACAAGAAAAGCCUCCUCACUCCAGAUGCAGUACAGUUUGUGGUCCAGGAUUCCACAUAAAAGCCCAGGAGGAAAAGCCAGUCUGCUGUUUUGAAUGUGUCCCUUGCCCACAGGGGCAGAUUUCCAACUACACAGGUAAAGAUCAAUGCAUGAAAUGCCCUGAAGAUCAAUAUCCAAAUAGGGAAAGGAAUCACUGCCUCUACAAAGGGGUGAACUUCCUGGCCUAUGAAGAUCCUUUGGGGAUAACCUUCACCUCUAUAGCUGUUGGCUUCUCUCUCUUCACAGUUCUGGUUUUCUGGGUCUUUGUGAAACAUCAAAAUACCCCCAUCGUCAAAGCCAAUAAUAGGAACCUCACCUACAUUCUCCUCUUCUCCCUUUCCCUCUGCUUCCUUUGCUCCCUGCUCUUCAUUGGCCCUCCCACUGCAACAAAUUGCCUCCUCAGACAAACAACAUUUGGAGUCAUGUUCACAGUGGCCGUCUCCUCUAUUCUGGCCAAAACCAUCACUGUGGUUCUGGCCUUCAGAGCCACAAGACCAGGCAGCAGGAGCAGGAGAUGGGUGGGAUCCAGAGCACUUAUUUCUCUUGUUGUCUUUUGUACUUUGAUUCAAGUCAUGCUCUGUGCAAUCUGGCUCCUGCUCUCUCCCCCAUUCCCAGAUGCAGACACACACUCUGACCCUGAGCACAUCAUCCUUGAGUGCAAUGAGGGCUCUCUCAUUGCCUUCUACUCUGUCCUGGGCUACAUGGCAUUCUUGGCCCUGGCGAGCUUCACUGUGGCUUUUCUAGCCAGAAAUCUCCCUGACACCUUCAAUGAAGCCAAGUUGAUCACCUUCAGCAUGCUUGUGUUCUGCAGUGUCUGGAUCUCCUUCCUGCCCACAUAUCAGAGCACCAAGGGGAAGAUGAUGGUGGUUGUGGAGGUCUUCUCCAUCUUGAGCUCUAGUGCUGGUUUACUUGGCUGCAUUUUCAUCCCCAAAUGCUUUGUCAUCCUUCUGCAACCACAGAGGAACACCAAGAUAUUUUUUAAAAAUAAUCAUAUUUCCUGA